CAUGUCGGAGCUGGCGCUGGAGGAGCUCUCGGCUCUCGCCGCCAUCUACUGCGAGCCGGACGCCUGCGAGGUGCUGGCGGUCUCAGAGACGCAUGGAAUCACAUUUAGAAUUCAAAUCAGCGUGAAAGAGCUGCUGGAUACAGAUGUACUUUUAAAGCUGUUAUUUCAUUUACCAGUCAAUUAUCCAUCCACUCUACCAGAUAUUUCUGUUAGCUCAGACCAGCUUACAAGGGCCCAAUGUAUGGACGUGAAAGAUAAAUUACUUGAACAAGCAAAGAAGCAUCUUUCUGAACCCAUGGUACACGAUCUGAUUCUUUGGAUACAGCAGCAUCUUAAAUAUGUCAUUAAGCAAUCGGCAACAGUUUGCAAUGCAAAAACUACUUUGUCAAAAGGAACAAGCACAGAGGAUGGUAUCUGGAUGCUCCUUUUGCAUUUAGAUCACAUGAGAGCAAAGGCAAAAUACGUCAAAACUGUGGAAAAAUGGGCUUCAGAUCUAAGGCUGACUGGAAGACUGAUGUUCAUGGGCAAGAUAAUAUUGAUUCUUCUUCAGGGUGACAGGAGCAACAUUAAGGAGUACUUGAUUCUUCAGAAAACUUCUAAGGUAGAUGUGGACUCAAGCGGAAAGAAAUGCAAAGAGAAAAUGAUUAGUGUACUGUGCGAGACAAAAGUACAGUCACAGCAUAAAAGGUUUCAGACAUUUGAAGUCAAAGAAUAUUCAACGCUGGAUGAGCUAAACAAGGAAUUUGAAACUGCAGAACUUACAACUCUUUUCUCUGAGUUUGUGCCUCCUCUCUUAAGAUAAAAUGAAAAGAAAACACAGGACUCUCUGACCAAAGCAGUAGUUGACUGCAGAUGCCAAUGGAAGAUAAAAGGACUAAUUUGACAAACAACGUUAAAGCUUUUCUGCAAAAAAUGCCAGAAGAAGCUAUCCUCUUGCAAGAAGGAGAAGGCAAUUCAUGCAUUAAGAAUUGAUAAUGUUUUGACAUUUAUGUAUUGAUAACUUUUUCCAAGGAAUGUGGAGUUAAUUGUGAUAAUUGUAUGGCAAGCAUG